AUGACCAUCCUUGUUUCAACCCAGAGCAAAGCUAAGUUGCAGGUAAAGUGUCUGUGUGUGCUUGUGUUGCUGAGCUUCCCUAUGACAAUGACGGAGGUUCCUGGUCCCUGCAGACACUCUAUCACACGGGAGCACCUGCUCGCAGUUCGACACUUGAUGGAUAACCAGUUAAGGACUGGCUGUUCUAUAACCUACAUGUUCAUAGAGCAGAGAAGUUUGAGCAAAUGUUGCUUUGUAAAAGCUGCUUUACCCUGGAUCUUAGAACUUCUCACUACACACUUCAAAUAUGGCAGAGGUUCAGUCAAUGAAGGCUAUGUUCAGUCCCUGAGGGCUUUGAUCCUCAACAUGUAUUCUCAGAAGUGUGUGGCUGAGAUUAAUGAAGAGGUGGAGGACAAACCAGAGAGUUUUGAGAUUCUUUACACAAGCUCUCCUUCAGAGGCACUGCAGAGGGCGUUAGAGGUGCUAACACUUUACUGGGAAUUGGUCACAUUUAGUAAGAAACCCAUCGACUGGACAUGUCAAAGCGAAUACACAGAGACCCUGACCUCAACCACACAUUUUCCAGAAACAGAGUCUUCCACUCAAUACUUAACAGACAGUUAUGAUAAGGACUCCAUAAAGGCAUCUCAGAGAAAAGCAGUGGGAGACAUGUACAAACUGGUCUUCAUCAUCACCUCCAUCUGUGGUGGACUACUUUUCAUACUCACACUCUACUGUCUCGUCACACAAAAGAAAUCGCCAAUUCGUCACAGGUCAAGAACACACACAGACCAAAGCAGAGACGUGCGAGGUAUAGAGAUGGAAGAGCAAUAA